AGUCGUAGUGUAGUGUUAGAUGCAGCGCUUACAGGCAGCUUUACUCCAUUUUUAAUCUUUUACAAGCUUGUUAGAGUAAAGAAACAUAUGACUCCUUGGAAUAAUUACUAAUUUAACUUUUUUAUUUUUGACUCAAGUGACCAUGAGUAAGGUUGCAGCUCUGCAGAAAAAGAGAAAAGAUUUUAUACCAUACUUUCUAGGGUUUGUAUUAUUUUUGUAUUGCACCGUCCAUCUUGUGUCAUUUACAGCAAAAACAGCUCAGGAAAGCCACUCUGCCAGGGUGCGUCGGGCUCUGGAGAAUGAGACAGAGUGCAUCUCACCACAGUCCUCCGAGUUUCCUGACGGCUUCUUCACGGUGCAGGAGAGGAAGGAUGGAGGCCUCGUCAUUUAUUUCAUGCUCAUUUUCUACAUGCUUCUGGCUGUCGCGAUAGUCUGCGAUGAUUACUUUCUGCCAUCAUUAGAAGUGAUCAGUGAACGUCUGGGUCUGUCUCAGGAUGUAGCAGGAGCCACAUUCAUGGCAGCUGGGAGCUCUGCACCUGAACUGGUCACAGCUUUUCUGGGUGUGUUUGUGACAAAGGGAGACAUCGGGGUCAGCACCAUCGUGGGAUCAGCAGUCUACAACCUGCUAGGAAUCUGCGCUGCGUGUGGACUCUUGGCCUCCAUGGCCGGGCGCCUCACCUGUUGGCCACUGUUCAGGGACUGCCUGGCAUAUGGCAUUAGUGUAUCUGCUGUGAUUGCCAUCAUCUCUGAUAACAAAGUGUACUGGUACGACGCUGCCUGUCUGCUGCUCGUCUAUGGCGUCUACAUCGUGGUUCUGUGCUUUGACCUUCGCAUCAGUGAGUUUGUCCUGAGGAAGCUGAGCCCCUGCUGCACCUGUCUGGGUAAAGGACCUGGUGAGAAGACUGAGAUACAGCCUCUGAUGGGCUGGAGCGAUGAAACCAGUCUGCGAGUCCACAGUCGCUCCAGAACAGACAGUGGGAUCUUCCAGGACGACUCUGGAUACUCUCACCUGUCCCUCAGUCUGCAUGGGCUCAAUGAGAUUCCUGAAGAGUAUAAAAGUGUGUUUGCAGUGCCGGAGAGCGACCUAAAGCGGAUCCUCUGGGUUUUAUCUCUGCCCAUCAUCACUCUGCUUUUCCUGACCAUCCCUGACUGCAGGAGAAGGUUCUGGAAGCACUGGUUCAUGAUUACCUUCUUCAUGUCUGCUGUCUGGAUCUCAGGUUUCACAUACAUACUGGUGUGGAUGGUCACUGUUGUCGGUGAGACCCUCGGCAUCCCUGACACAGUUAUGGGACUCACUCUGCUUGCUGCUGGAACCAGUAUACCUGACACCGUGGCCAGUGUGAUGGUGGCCAGAGAAGGGAAAGCUGACAUGGCCAUGUCCAACAUUGUGGGCUCUAAUGUUUUCGACAUGCUGUGCCUGGGCCUGCCUUGGUUCAUCAAGACUGCCUUUGUGGACACCAACAACCCCGUAGAGGUCAACAGCAGCGGACUGGUCUUCAUUUCCGCCACGCUCCUCCUUUCCAUAGUCUUCCUUUUCGUCGCUGUGCACAUAAACGGAUGGAGGCUGGACUGGAAGUUGGGACUCGUUUCUCUUUUCUGCUACAUUCUCUUCGCCACUCUGUCCAUCCUGUAUGAGCUGGGGAUUAUAGGGAAUAAUCCUAUAAGGCUGUGCAGUGACUGAGGUCUGACCCCUCCAGGACUGAAGCCAAGACACUCAAAACAACAGUCCAAAAACACAAUGUAAAUCUGCAAAUGUCACAACAAGGAAGCAAGGUCCCACUCAUAAGGAUAUCGCAUAAUGGAAGACGUGCUGGUCACAUCUCAUGACGAGGAUGAUCGCCAUUACUAAUACAGAGUGUAUUUCACUAAAGGUGGAAGUGGGCCAAAGAUCAUUCUCCUGUGUGUGCCUUUCAGAACCAGACCAGACUCAUUACACAACAAAGACCCGUUAUCAAGUUCUGAGGUGUCUUCUGUCUUACUCAAGGCCCAUAAACGGAAACUGUGCCGUUACAGGAGUGACUGCAGAGGUCAACUAAAUCCACAACUGACAAUUCAGAGUCAAGUAAUAAAGGUGUCGACUUAACUCAUUUGGCCUUGUCCUCCUUUGUAAGUGGGUGAGUUAAGACAAAAAAGAGGCCGCUUCUACGUAACCCUGAUAAGCUUUUAUGAGCAAGUCUUUAUCACUUGCCAGGAAGGUCGAAAAUAGUAAGAAACAGAAACACAAACUUUCCACUUUUUUGUGGUUGCAUAAAAAGUAAAAUUAGAAUCACUGAAGUUUUUAUUAGCUGUGUUUACAACUAACUGCAAAGCCCACAUGGACUUCAGACACUGAUCUAUAGUUAGAUUUGUAACAAUGUCAAUAUAAUCAAGAGUGACUAUCCCUUUCUACUGAAACAAAAACUACCACUAAUCUUGGAGAUGUGGGGAUUUAAAUAGCUUCCUGUGAUUAGUGUUGCAGUCAAUGCCUGAUAAAAUCCAUGUCCAUUCUACUCUGACUUUAUUCCAAUUGCUGCCUUUGUGAUUAAUGUGGAACUGCCCC